UUGCACUUUAAAAGAGCCUCUAUCCGUCUUGAUACCGCUAAUAUAGGUUGAGUAGUGACUGGAUAUGAGUGAAAAAUGGGGAGAGGCGCGCGGAGCACAAAUCUUAUUAAACAGCUAUAUCUAUGAUUAUAUGUUAAAAAAUGCAUGGGGAGCAGCAGCACGGGCAUUUAUUGAAGUAGCAGAAGUGCCUUUAUCAGGAGAACAUCGACCAGUAAACAAGGAAGAGUUCCGGCAAUUAGAUGGAAUGGAUGGUCUUAGUGGAGGCGAUAAAGAGUUUUGUGUAUCGAGUAAUGAAUCAAAAAUAGAUGGAACAGCACAUAUUGGAACAGGAAUGCAUAGUUCAUUAUCAGUUGUUAAGUCUGAGUCAUCAAUACAUGGAACUGAGUCAGAAGCAAGCGGAACAUAUACCGAAUUACUUCAGCCAGCAGUGAUUCCAGUAGAUACGCCGGGGGGAUUUUUGUUGGAAUGGUGGACCGUUUUUUGGGAUAUUUUUAAUGCAAGGUCUGGAAAGGGGGGCUCAGAUGCAGCUACGGCAUAUUUUGCACAUGUACAGAAGAUGAAACAUGAACAACAGAGAGCGAUUGCAUCUAUGGGGCAACCACAUAUUGUUAUGAUUAAUCAGCAGCCUAACGGGGCGGCUUUUAAUCCAGCUUUGAUGCGUACAUUUGAUAUACCGAACGGAAUGAUGAAUGUCUCGGGGCCUUCGGAUGCAACGGCACAGGCCAUGGAUGCACAAAUUAUUGGAACUAUUCCGCUAAAUGAAAAAACUCGACAAGCAUUGAUGCGGCAAGCAAUGAAUAAUAAUAUUCGGCGAUUUUCUCCAACUGUUGCUCAAAUUCAACAAUUAAAGAAUCAACAAUUUUUGCAAAAUCAGCAACAGUCACCUCGUGACCUCGAAGCUGAUUUGAAUGGACAAACUCAGUCUUCUCGAUCUCCUGCACUUUCUAAUCAGGUUCUUUCGCCUUCGAAGCGCCAAAAAUUAUCUCCAGAUGGAUCAUAUGCUCCGCUUCAGGGAGCGAUUCAAGCACGUCCACAAAUGAUUCAAAAUAAUCUUGCAGCACCACCACCGACUCUUCAAACUCAACAAGCGAAACAAAUGUUAUUGAAUUCCGGAAUUAAUCCAUUGAGUCUUGCUCAACAGCAAUUCGCUGCGUUUCAAUCUCAGGUGCCUUCUAUACAACAAAGACAAUUACAAGAAUACACUCAGAGUCUUACUAAUCAACAACAAAGGGUUGUAAAUAUUGCUAAAGGACAAGUUUCGAAUCAAAGCGGUUCAAUGAUAACAGGCGAUGGAAACGAGAUAGGUCCUAAUGAUUUUUACGAGAAUAUAUUAUCAUCGCAACAAAAUUGUACGACGAAUCCGAACAAUCAUGUUCUUCAAGAUUAUCAAAUGCAGCUUAUGUUCCUCGAACAGCAGAAUAAAAAACGCCUUAUGAUGACACAUCAAGAUCAAGAACGAUUACAGUCACAGGACUCUUCUUUUCAAAUUUUAUCCCCUCAAGGACUCAGAAAUGCAGUAUCCCCCGAAAACGCUCAUAAUGAUCCUAAACGCGUUAUGCAGAAAAUGACACAUCAGAAUGGAUCUAGUUCGCCUGCCGAUGGACAACUCACUCAACAAACUAAUUCUUCCCGGAAUGCUUCGCCUAAUGUUACUGGAUAUAACGGUCAAAUCCAAUCCGAUGCCCAUCCUCAAAUUAUGUUUUUUAACCAGGCAAAAGCAAUGGGAGACAUACAGCCGGGCGGCAUGAUAAUUGGGCCUAAUGGACAUAUUAUGAGGCCCCCAAUGGCUGACCAGCCUAUUUAUGCAAAUAAUCCGCAGCUGCAAAUAUCGAUGAUGAAUGAUAGGCAAGAUCAUUUGAUAAACCCAAGAAUAGUGCGAACAAACCAAUCGAAUGCAAUAUGGCAGCAACAACAGCAAAUAAUGCAGCAUUUAGUUAAUAAUCAGAACCGUAGUAUUCAAAUGCAAAAUAUAAAUCAUUCACAAGGGCUUUCGAACCAGCAUUCACCUCAAAAUCAAAUACCACCACAACCGCCACAAUCACAGUCAUCGCAGGCAUCACAGCCAUCACAAUCAUCGCAACAGUCGCAGCAAUCGCAGCAACCGUCGCAAUUGCAGCAACCAGAACACCCACAACAAAUACAGUCACAAAACUUGCUACAGUCUGGAUCUUGUACACAAUCAUCGCAAGGGCAUAUUCAAUCCUCGUCUCCCGUUAUACAAAACAGUGUCUCCCCUACCCCCUCACAAGUAAAUAAGCCAAAUUUUGUAAGAGAUAAAAAGACAAAAGACACUAGAAAACCCAAGAAGUCCCUUCCCGGCCCCCCCGUCACACCGAUAUCCGAGUCUUCUACUCCCAGCACACCCAUCACCUCACACAACACCGGAAGCUUUGUACAGACGAAUUCUUCUGUUUCCCAGGGUCCUUCUUUGUUACCGCCUUCCAACACUGUUACUUCCGCCUCCGAGCCAAUACAGCCACAAAUGGAUCCCUCCUCUUCCUUUGCAAAUAUCGACACCGGAGAUCCAUCCUCUCUUUUAAAUGAUUUUGGUGCUACAAACGACUUGGAUCUCGGAAUGAUGAACGACUUUGAUUUUGACAGCUUUCUCGAGGACAUUAGGAGAUGUUAGCUCGAG